GUCAUCCGUGUGGUUCUGGAACUGGGCACCAACUUGCGUGUUUGUCCCCGGUUCUUUGUGUGCGGAUCAGCUGUGGCGUGGGCUCUGGCAUCUAAUCCAGGAUUUGCCUCUGCGCGAGGCUUAUGGAAAACAGAUGUCUCGCCGCUCUGGGACUGAGCACAGAAUGGAAGUGACCCUGAGGGGAGCAGCCUGGCACCGACGACACGGAGGGAAGGCCCCGGCGCGGCCCGGGAGGCCAGCUCUGCUCCUCGCCUCCGUUCUCUGUGCUGAGCCCGCGGCGUAGACGGCGUCCCCGAGCGGUGUGACCUUGAGACGGCGUGGGGCGGGCACGCCGGCGCCAGGGACUGCGGCCGCCUGAGGUCCAGGUGUGAGCAGCAGCCGCGAGGGUCACGCAGCGAGCAGGGUCGACGGCAGCCGGCCUCCCAUGUCAGUGGUCUAGGAUGGCCAGUGAGGGCGCCAGCAUCCCAAGUCCCGUGGUGCGCCAGAUCGACAAACAGUUUCUGAUCUGCAGUAUAUGCCUGGAACGGUACAAGAACCCCAAGGUCCUGCCGUGUUUGCACACUUUCUGCGAGAGGUGCCUGCAGAACUACAUUCCAGCCCACAGCUUAACCCUCUCCUGCCCAGUGUGUCGCCAGACUUCCAUCCUGCCUGAGAAGGGGGUGGCUGCACUCCAGAACAAUUUCUUUAUCACAAACCUCAUGGAUGUGCUGCAGCGAACGCCAGGCAGCAAUGGUGAGGACUCUUCCAUCCUGGAGACGGUCACCGCUGUGGCUGCAGGAAAGCCUCUCUCAUGCCCAAACCACGACGGGAAUGUGAUGGAGUUUUACUGCCAGUCCUGUGAGACGGCCAUGUGUCGGGAGUGCACCGAGGGGGAGCACGCGGAGCACCCCACGGUGCCGCUGAAGGACGUGGUGGAACAGCACAAGGCCUCACUUCAGGUCCAGCUGGAUGCGGUCAACAAAAGACUCCCUGAAAUAGAUUCCGCUCUUCAGUUCAUCUCAGAAAUCAUCCAUCAGUUAACGAACCAGAAGGCCAGCAUUGUAGAUGACAUCCACUCCACCUUUGAUGAGCUGCAGAAGACUUUAAACGUCCGCAAGAGCGUCCUGCUGAUGGAGCUCGAGGUCAACUAUGGCCUCAAACAUAAAGUGCUGCAGUCGCAGCUGGAUACCCUUCUCCAAGGCCAGGAAAGCAUCAAGAGCUGCAGCAACUUCACGGCACAGGCUCUCAACCAUGGCACGGAAACCGAGGUGCUACUGGUGAAGAAGCAAAUGAGCGAGAAACUAAACGAACUGGCGGACCAAGACUUCCCUCUGCACCCGCGCGAGAAUGACCAGCUGGAUUUCAUCGUGGAAACUGAGGGACUGAAGAAGUCCAUCCACAACCUAGGGACCAUCCUUACCACGAACGCUGUCGCCUCAGAGACGGUGGCCACGGGCGAGGGGCUUCGGCAGACCAUCAUUGGGCAGCCCAUGUCAGUUACCAUAACCACCAAGGACAAGGACGGAGAGCUGUGCAAGACAGGCAACGCAUACCUCACUGCCGAGCUCAGCACCCCCGACGGCAGCGUGGCGGACGGCGAGAUCCUGGACAACAAGAACGGCACCUACGAGUUCCUGUACACUGUGCAGAAAGAGGGGGACUUCACCCUGUCCCUCAGGCUCUACGACCAGCACAUCCGAGGCAGCCCGUUUAAACUCAAGGUUAUCCGCUCAGCCGACGUGUCCCCCACCACCGAGGGCGUGAAGCGACGCGUCAAGUCCCCCGGGAGUGGUCACGUCAAGCAGAAGGCUGUGAAGAGACCCGCCAGCAUGUACAGCACCGGCAAGAGAAAAGAGAAUCCCAUCGAGGAUGACCUCAUCUUCCGAGUGGGUACCAAAGGAAGAAAUAAAGGAGAAUUCACAAACCUUCAGGGUGUAGCUGCAUCCACAAGUGGAAAGAUAUUAAUUGCAGAUAGUAAUAACCAGUGUGUGCAGAUAUUUUCCAAUGAUGGACAAUUCAAAAGCCGCUUUGGCAUCCGAGGACGAUCACCUGGACAGCUACAGCGGCCCACGGGAGUUGCAGUGCACCCCAGUGGGGACAUCAUCAUCGCAGAUUAUGAUAACAAGUGGGUUAGCAUUUUCUCCAAUGAUGGAAAGUUUAAGACAAAAAUCGGAUCGGGAAAACUGAUGGGACCUAAAGGAGUUUCUGUGGACCGCAACGGACACAUUAUUGUGGUGGACAACAAGGCUUGCUGCGUGUUCAUCUUCCAGCCGAACGGGAAGAUAGUCACCAGGUUUGGUAGCCGAGGCAAUGGCGACAGGCAGUUUGCAGGUCCCCAUUUCGCAGCUGUGAAUAGCAAUAACGAGAUCAUCGUUACAGAUUUCCAUAAUCAUUCCGUCAAGGUAUUUAACCAGGAAGGAGAAUUCAUGCUGAAGUUUGGCUCAAACGGAGAAGGCAAUGGGCAGUUUAACGCGCCGACAGGUGUAGCCGUGGAUUCGAACGGAAACAUCAUUGUGGCGGACUGGGGCAACAGCAGGAUCCAGGUUUUUGAUGGGAGUGGAUCAUUUUUGUCCUACAUCAACACGUCGGCUGACCCCCUCUACGGCCCCCAAGGCCUGGCCCUAACUUCAGACGGCCACGUUGUGGUUGCAGACUCUGGGAACCACUGUUUCAAGGUCUAUCGGUACUUACAGUGACAGCGGACAGCCCUGCACUGAGGUCUUGCACUAGAAACUGGAACGGAGUUUUCCAUGUGGGACCAGAUUACCAUGGGACUUUUCACACUAGGAGGAACCUUUGGUAAACUUUCCAAGGUUAUUUCUGAAUGUAACAAUUCCCUUAAGAACUGCUUAUCCAAUUUCCGUAAUUCACUUUUAGCAUUUAAAAAAAGAAUCUCUUCUAUUGAAUCUACACAAACUGCAAAGUUUUACACCUGGGAACUAUGGCUCAUAGGACAGGGAUUUAUGUAGUUAAACUAAUUUUGCAAAUCAGACAUUAAAAAGAAUUAGCAUAUCUUUUGCCCGGUGAAUGAAUGGUAGCCUUUGCAUCGAGCUUCCAAGAACAAAACUUGUAGUUAUCUAUUUUAUUUAAAUUCGGUCAUGAGACCAAGGGACCUUCUAACCUCACUUUUACAGUAGAUGUUAUUACUCUGGUGACAUUUUUGUUCUUUUUCGAUUGUCAACAACCACAUAUAAUUACUUUAGAAAAAUCUAACGCUGUCUUGCAAGAUCUUCCCAGCUCCGACUCAGGGUCCUCUUGAGUUGAGCCCAUCAGAAUCAAUGCAAAUUUCCCAACCUUUCGGGGUUCGAUCAAAGAUCUUUUCCGUGCGUUCUCCUCACCUUCUCUUUCUACUCACCUUGCAUCAGAAAAUGAAAUGCGUUUUCAGGAAAACCUGGAAUUCCCGAUGCUUUGGAAGGCAUAGGGGGACCCUUUGGUUGUUAGCUUCAGAUCAACACACUUGGAAAGCAAUCAGGAGAACUCACGUUCAUGUGUUCACGUCUUUCCUCUUCCACAUCAUGGAAGCGAAAGCUUUACCUCCUGCAGAAUGUCAGCACACGUAGUCGGACACCGGUGUCCUAGGACAGAGAGGAUGGAUGGUGUCAACCAAAGGCGUGUGGUUGAUUCACGGUCUCCCCUUAGAGAGCAAGUGUUACCAAAGUUGUGUUCAUCAUUACAGGUAUGGGCAUGUCAUGGUUGUUUAUCAUUGUCUAAUGAACAGUAGAGGCGUUAAGGGACAAGUAUACAUGGUUAUGGUAAGAUAGAAUGUAUUAUAAAUAUUAUAUAUAUAAAUACAUACGUAUAGCCGGAUCCUUGCUGUGUGGAAAUAGGCAAAGACAGAAGCACCGCCCAGCCAGCCUUCAGCUCAUUCCCCGGCUGCUGCAGUUGAAGACAUCCUCCUGGAGGGGGCGCUCCAGCAGGCUCGCCUGUUGCCAUUUUCCAGCAUGUUGCGGACGCCUGACUUCCAGGCAGUGAACAGCUUUCUGUUUUCAAGACAAAGAGGAAGAAAGAAAAAAAGAAAAAAGGCGUCUUUAAACGUUGGGUUUGAAUUACCUUUCACCUAAGUCCAAAUGCAUUUUGAGGAACAUUACCUGUCACGGAUACUGUGAAAUGAGACGAGGUGUGUUUCCACUGUGGUUUGAUUUUCUACUCAGUUCUGCCAAAUAGGAAAACCGUGUUUGACGCGUUUGGUGAUGACUUUGGGAUUUUUCUCGUUGAAAGCACCUUGGAUCCACACUUUGAGGAAACACUUCCCUUACAAGUAUAUGCUGAUGUUUAUGGCUUAUUAUCUUAACGUCCUAAUGGUCUCCAUACAGGAGCGUUCAAAAAUUUGGAAGGGAAAUCUGGCUACGUCCAAUGGUUUAUUUAAUUUAUUAUGCCCAAAUCAACAUCUGGGGGAAAACACUUCAGUUUUGGGAGAUUUACAAUGGGUGUAGCUUAUUAUUUCAGUUCUGUAGGGUUUUAAAAUAGCCAAGCCUGUCUGUGAUAGACAUAAGAUUAAAUAUGCUUCAGAGUGAUAAACUAAGACGGCUUCUGGAUACCAUGAUAUAUGCCUUUGACUUUAUGUUUUGAUUUUUUUUUUUUUUUUUUUUUUUUGUGCUAGGCAUGGACCCCAUGGCCUCAGACAUGCUAAGCAAGAGCCCCCUAUACCGGGCUGUUCCUGUAGCCCAUUCAUUAUGAAUGUCAAUAUUUGUGUCUACAGACUUUCUACUGGGGCCAGGGCAUCUGGGCACUGGGAUCUGAGGGACGCUUGGAAGAGGCAGGCAUCUCUGCCCUUCUACAGCUUAGCUCUGUAAGGGGAUUUCUGCUGUGCUGUUUAUUAAUAGUCUGCCUGCAGGAUUGUUUCUGGGCUGUUUAAAAGAAACUUUUUAAAAAUGAGUGAAUUAAUUUUAGUUAAUUUUCACAAGAAGAAAACAUUUUUUUUUAAAAAAAGAAUUUGUCACAGGCCAUUUUUUGUUGUUGUUGUUGUUUUGUUUCUUAGAAUGGAAUCCAGGCCCCAGACAUGCUAGGCACACGCUCUACAACUGAUGGGUGCCUUCAGAAUGCAACUAUUAAUUUGAAAAUGAAUUUAAUGAAUGAGUUCUUUUUGUACAACACUGAGAUAUUUGUGAACUGAGAAAUUAACUCAUAAACCAAUCAGUCUCAUAUAUAAAAUAUCUUAUCAGGCUCGGUAUCUUAAUAGGAAAUAAUACAAAUUAAGGGUUUUUUUUAAUUAAUUUAUUUUUUGUUGUUGGGUUUUUUUUUGUUUUUUUUUGUUUGUUUGUUUGUUUUUUGUUUUUGUUUUUUUUUUUUUGAGACAGGGUUUCUCUGUGCAAUAGUCCUGGCUGUCCUGGAACUUGUCUUGUAGACCAAAUUGGCCUCGAACUCACUGAGAUCCUCCUGUUCUGCCUCCCAAGUGCUGGGAUCAAAAGCAUGGGAUCAACCACCGCUACCCUGCUGAGGUUUUUUGUUUGCUUUGCUUUGUUUUGUUUUCUUAACACAUGAAUAAUGGUACAAACUGGAAUGAAAAAAAUCAUUUAACUUAUAUCUUGUCUGCCAUCAGCUACUAAAACCCCUGCUAUGGGCACUGCAGGAAACACUACGUUCUACACUUGGGUAUGUGUGCGCAGUUACUGUAUUUCUUCGUGGUAAGCGUAUUUUGGGGCGGGGGGGGGGAAGUGCUGCUGCUAAGAUACAAAUAGACAAAAACUAAAUGAAAUCUUGUCUCAUUUGAUGGGAAUGGUUCCUGGUAAACUUAAGAAGGAUUUUUUUAUAAGUAAGUGGCUCUUUUGGUUCUAGGCUACUGUGAUUGUUUAUCUUUGUCCACUGUAUAGAACGAGUCACUCAUGAUACGUAGCACUGAGAAAGUAAGCAUUCGAAUUUCCCUUGGGCACUAAGGGCAAAAUACCUUCAGUUAGGUUUUAUAAGUUAAUGACAGUGUGUCUUCUCUCGUAAACCUCCCCUGCUGGACACGGGGCGGUAGGAAGUCACCUGACCAACCAGAAACACACUAACUAGGAAGCCUUUCUGACUGUUGGCCAUUUUCUUAAUGAUGUGUAAGGUUUUGGUGACACUUUAGUCUCCAUGACUAAACAAGCCCCUGAGUUUCCUGCACUUGACAAAACUGGAGGCAAUAAGUAUGCCUAGUCCAUGGACACUGCUCCCACUCAUGUACAGGGUAUGUAUGUCCUCACAGGGAAUGAACUGGACGAGCAGUACGCCACCAGGGUUAGCAGAAUUGCUUUGGUAAUACCUACAGAGGGAACGAGAGGGCAGAUCAGCACCGGGCUAUCUGUAGAUCACGUCAAACGGGAAAAGUCUCUGUGUGCGUCUGGACUCCACGGCGUUCUCUCUGCUCACCAGCUUCUGACGAGGGAAGAGGGACUCUCCAAGUAGGAUAGAAUUGAAGCUUUCUGAUGCAAACCUUAGCUGAUCUCCCUUACAAUCGAAAAGUCCUAAUACUGUUACUUUCUGUAAGCGUUGCAGGGUCUUAUAAAAUUUACAGUUAUUUUAAUAUUUUUGAUAACUAGGAAUCUAUAGCAUUGCCAUAAAGGAAACUAAGUGCCCAUUAAAAAUUUGUCUGGUAUAAACAGAUGCUCUUUUGGUUUUGCUUUAAACGGCAGUGAGCGACACAUCACGGCCCUAGUCUUCAAGACGCUUUCCAGUGUUGAACUGUGUGGUCGC